CUCAUAAAAUUACUACAUCCACUUGAUGCAUUAUGUAACUAUGUGAAAACACAAAACAAGGAGAGGGGAAAAAAUAAACUUUUUCUUUCUUUCUUUCUUUACUUUAUAUUUUUCAUGACGGAUAAUAAUCUUUACUUGAAGCAAAUGUCGAUUGAUGUGGAGAAAGCACGUCAAAGUGCUUCCUUUAGAAUUCAAGACAUGAACAAGUUACUGUUAAAUAAUUCAUAUGAUGCAAACCAAAAAGCGAAAAAGAUUGCAGAAAGUGAACCUGUAUUUGACAAGUUUCCUAUGCAUUUUAAAAAUAGGGCCGAACAAUUGGCCCAUUCAUUAAAGAUGGCAAAACGAUUGAUUGAAUUAGAAGAAGAGCAUCAUUUAAGUCAGCAAGAGUUUAGUGCCUUGGUGUUAUAUGUUGAUAUGCUCAACCCUCUUUCUCUGCACUAUUCUGCUUUCAUGUCUGUUAUCCAAGCACAAGGUACACCAGAACAGAUUAAAAAAUGGUAUGAUCCAGCAAAACGACUUGCAAUCAUUGGGUGUUAUGCACAAACUGAAUUAAGUCAUGGAUCGAACGUGGCAGGACUAAAGACAGUUGCUUUAUUUGAUGAAAAGACAGAGGAAUUCAUUAUUCAUACUCCAGACUUAACAGCUGCAAAAUGGUGGAUCGGUGGACUAGGUGUUGUGAGCACCCAUGCUGUAGUACAAGCUCAACUUGUGAUUGCCAAUAAAUCUUAUGGACCUCACCUGUUUAUUGUUCCCAUUCGAUCACCUAUAGAUCACAAACCACUUCCUGGCAUAACUGUAGGUGAUAUAGGUCCCAAGGCUUAUGGAGGAUUUGCGACGAUGGAUAACGGAUUUGCCAUCUUUGACCAUGUUCGAAUCCCGCGAGACAACAUGUUGAUGAAGUUUGCUCAAGUAACACGGCAAGGCAAGUAUGUGGCUCCUGUUCAUGAUAAGCUUUCGUAUGGUGGUAUGGUCAAGCUUCGUGUCGAUAUUUUUGCGGACGCUGGGCUCAAGUUGGCCAAGGCUGCGACAAUCACGACACGCUACUGUACGGUGCGCCGUCAAUUUGGACCCAACCUCGAAACUCCAGUGAUCGAGUAUUCGUCUGUGCAACACCGUUUGAUGCCAUUGAUUUCUAUCGCAUAUGGCAUUUAUAUCACAAGCAAGGACUUGUACGGCCAAUUUGAAGCAUUGACCAAACAAUUGGAGAUAGGCGAGGCCCAGUCGUUGCCCGAGGUGCACGCGACAUCCUGUGCGCUCAAGAGUUGGGGUACGCGUCGAUCGACGGACGGUAUUGAGGAAUGCCGCAAAGCUAUGGGAGGACACGGCUAUUCCAUCUUUAGCGGUGUAGCAGAUAUGUUUGCCACCUUCGUGCCUUCUAAUACUUAUGAAGGAGAUAACUAUGUCUUAUCACAACAGGUAGCUCGAUUCCUGCUCAAGCAGUUAACCAGUCAGAAACAAGUCUACAGCACCGCAGCGUACGUAAAGGAAGAUGUAAAGUUAUUGCCCAUCAAGAGCCAUGAGCAGCUGUUGGACCCUAAUGUUCAGUUGGCUUUGUUCAAGGCGAGAUCUGCAAGGCUGGUCCGUCAGUUGGCUCAGCAAUUACAGGCAGGCCUGUCUUGGUCUGAAGUCAGUGUCGAGUGCUGGGACAUUAACUUCGCACAUGCAGAGUACCUUGUCGCCCAUUCAAUGAUUCAAAAAGCUCAACAAGCCAAACCGACUCCCUUGGGCGAUGUGUUGAAGCGCUUAACCGAUCUCUUUUGCUUGCAUCAUUUAGCUACCUCUGCCACUUUCCUAGCCACUAGCACAGUUUCUCCAUUAGAAUUGAUCACAAUCAAGCAGGCAUAUCACCAGACUAUACUUUCUAUUGCCAAGGAUGCUAUACCUCUCACAGAUGCCUUUGGAUUCUCUGAUCGUCAACUUAACUCUGCUCUUGGCAGAUAUGAUGGCCGUGCAUAUGAAGCCUUGUGGGAAGCAGUACAAAAGAACCCAAUUAAUCAUGACGAAGCUCAACGCGCACAAUUAACCAAACUGGUAUUUGAUAUACUUCAUCGUCGUGAUAAUUUGAGUUAUAUUCAAGCUUCCAAACUUUAAAAAACCAUAGUAGCAUUUCUUUAUUCAAUAAUAUAAAAAAAAAAAACACAUAAAUCCGCAUAAAGACAAAUAGGACAUAUUUGGAUAUAUAUCU